AAACUUAGCAGUUAUUACAGACCAUGGUGUAGUACAAAUGCUUGUGGAUUUAGUUGGCACUGAAGACGUUCUGUUGAGGCAGCAUUUAGCUUCAGCUAUAGCGUAUUGCUGCGCCUGGGGAUCUAAUUGCAAGAUGUUUGGAAGACUUGGAGCGAUUACCCCACUGGUCCAAUACAUGGCAGACGAAGACCCUGACGUUCACAGAACGACGGCCUUGGCUUUAUACCAUCUCUCCCAAAACCCUUUCAACUGUAUCACGAUGCACGAGGGAGGUGUGGUGACGUUCCUCUUGAAGGCGGUGUCCACCAAAGACUACAAACUCCAAGAAGCAGCCGCUGGAUGUUUGGCCAACAUCAGAAAACUCGCUCUCGAGGCAGAAACCGUGCAUCUGAUCAGGACCAAACCGGCCAGCAGCGACGAAGACGUGAACUGAUUGCGAUUACUUUGUUAAGCAAUAAAGAUUUAUUUUCAAAAUCG